AUGCAGCGGCCCAAAAAUAAGAACACAUUUGGUGAAUCGUAUGCAAGGCAAAAUGAUGUGCCGGUCACGGGAACAAAUCCGGUUUCCGCAGCGUUUUUUCCCCAAGAAGACGCCGGUGCGACGAGGGAUGUGUUUUGUUCGCGGCGGUGUCACCGAUGCAAACGGGUUUUUCAAGUCAAGCUAAAUACCGUGAUCUUCAAGUAUACAUGCUGGCGGUGUGGGUGCCCUGUGUGCCAAAAUUGUCGCACGCCGUGGCCACAUGCCGCCGAUAUGUGGGCGUGUACUUCAUGCGUGCGUCCUAUCAGUUUUAUUUGGCUCUUCCAGACGACGUACCACGGCGUCGGUCUGCUGCUGCGUGUUCUUGAGUUUUGCGACCCGCGAUCAACGCGUAUUGUGAAGUUUCUCUUCCCCGCCGCGGCACUGCAGUGCAUGGCACGACGCGAGACCCCUGCAAAGCAAACCGCGAGUCGGUGCGAGACGCCGAAGCGGCGGCUAUUACUUGUGAAGGCGUCUGAUGGCGCGGGAGCUGCAGCGGGAUCGUCGGGGGCGCAGCGCCGCGUGUUAGUCGAGCACUCACCUCGUCGCCUGCCCCCGCGGCAGCACCCAACGCAACGGAUGGCACGUGCAAAGACAGCCAUCAAACGUUGUUCUCCGCCGCAAGAACAACAACAACAGCAAAUGCGAGGAUAUCGUGCACGGACACCCAACGGCAUGUCUUCUUACUCUCCACCCAAACGCUUCUCCCUGUCGGAUUACAAACUGAGCACCACCACCACUGCCUCCGCCACCAGCAACAACAAAAAAGGUGGAGCCUUCUUUGCGGAGUUUCAAGCGCCAACAAAAUUCGCGGUGACGGCGCACGUCGAAAGACACGAAUUAUCAGCAGAAGUGAGAAGGCCGAUGGAUGAGGGCAAUGGAAACAAAUUUUUACGUAUUGACGCCACCAAAAAAGUUGGAGGCCGAGUUGAUAUUCCUCGUAUCGACGGUACGCAGCCAUCACCAACGCCCAGUGUGUCUGGUUCGCGCUCGGACAGUCCACCACCGCGGUUUCCAUCCUUUUCCCAAUUUCUAGAUGACCGGGGCUCGGCGCUGUUGCUAGAAGAACAGCAUUCUCCGCAGCCCCAGCAACAAGAUUCACGUGGCGUCGAACAAAAAACUGGAGGGAGGGCGCAUAACACGUCCAAAGUCUUUGAGGUGAGGGAAAAGGAAGUGGAGGUUGUGGAGUUAGACGCCUGUCGAGAAUCCCGUAUCUCCACAUGGACUGUCUCCCCAAACCCUAUCACACCGCGUCCCUCAAAGAUGGGCGGGACGACCGUAACAGGGGGGUCGAGCACCAAAAAGAAGGGCAUCUGUUCUCCUCCGCCUCAUUUAGGCAUGAUAUCGUUGAAUGCAUCGCUCUCCAUGUCGCAAAGACGACACGUAACAAAUGGCGUGAAGCCCUCUGCUGCUACACCUGUGGCAGCCACAGCCGUUACCAACGCCACAACAGCAAGAACCAUGAUGGCGAAUCACUCUAUGGCUCCUGUCAAUCAUGGUAUUCAUUCCUUUUAUCCGAUAGCUUCACACCGUCGGACGAAAGCGACCACCGACAACAAUAUGAUUUCCAAUACGCCGAUGCAUUUUAAGCUCCAUGCUUCUCGGGGUCCGACGACAGGAUCGAGUAUUCCUACACGAGUGACUACCCCGCGACCGUUUGCAUCUGUCUCAUCGACCUUUGGAGGAGUAGUACCGCUCACAGAAAGGCAUGUGGGUGCUGCAUCCUUCGGUAAUCAUUCUACGACAGCACAUUACCCGAGGACGAGGAUGUCUAUAAACUUCAAAACAGACAAUUUUAGAUUACAGCGGAUGACUUCGAAUAUUACCAGUCCACGUUUUGCGCGGAAACCAACGGUACAUACUCCAACGACAAGCGGUGGCGUCCCUCUUAGCGCUCGUGCACCUCCGUCCUCUCAGGUGGGAACAAGGUCGAUGAUAACUUCUCCACGUACAGCACGUCCCCCUGAGCAAAAGAAAUCAAAGAUUCGAGGAAACAUCCCUCCGUCAUGUUCACAGACUCCAUUAAUGCGGAAAACUUCCCCACCACACGCGCGGAAUGUGACGCCACGGGGUUCUCAUGCCCGGACGCCUUUACAGCGAAUUGCGUCGAGUCGUCUCUUACCAUCCGGUGAAGCUGCGCGUCGUUAUUUACCGACACAGGCCGAUGCCGGCGGUAGAGAGCCUCAGAUGAAAUCGCCUCCAGUUCUGAUGAUUCACCUUACACGGCAGCGUGGGCCUGUGGUACCGAAUGUAACGGAAGAGAAGACACCACGGCCCGCAUGCAUUCCACAGCCAAUGGGCAAGGAACAGCCGGAACAGCAGUACCACGCCCAGCCUGAGGAACCAAGAAAGGAGUAA